AUGGAAGAGCAACUUCCUCAACAGCAACCGUCGGAACCAUCAUCGUCAUCAUCAUCAGGUUCAAUAGCAACGAUAGCGGCAACAGUUGCAACAACAAUAGCAGCAGGAAUCCAACGCCAGAUUUUGCCACGAGCAGACGCCCCUGUCCUUCCUGAUGCUCCAGCAACAACCACAGCAACAACGACACCCACACCAACAGCAAAACCCAAACCAGCACUUUCAAACAUGACACCGACAGGACGAGAGCGCAAGCCGCCACGCACCCCAAAGCCCAAGAAGCAGCACGCCUGCCCAGAAUGCUCCCGCAUCUUUACUCGUCGCUGCAAUCUCCAAUCUCACCGAUUGACCCACACCAACCUCAAACCUUUUCCCUGCCCACAAUGUGGCCAGUCGUUUGCGAGAAUUUACGACAUGCGGCGACAUCACCGGAUUCACGGUCAGAGCGAGGACGACAAGCCUUACAAAUGUCCCAUGUGCCCUCAAGCCUUCCGUCGGAUAGAGCCCCGAGUCCGCCAUAUGCUCUCUGCGCAUGGUGUCACUGUCGGAUCCCGUGGAGUUGGUGGUCAUGGUGACGCGGACAAUGACGGUGGUGCCGCUGCAUCGAUGAUGUCUACUUCUCCUACGGGUGAUUCUCUCUCUUCCCCCCCUCAUCAGUCCCAUCCUUAUGACGAGGAAGACUAUUCUGAUGAGGAAGAGGAUGAAGAAAUGGAUGUGGACACCGAGAUGGCGGAGCAGCAACAGUAG